AGACAUCUGUGCAGCACACUGGGGAUUCUGAGCUGCGGUAGAUUUUCCUCCUCCUCCUCCUCUUUGGCACGGACGCACCCUCCCCCUUCAGCUGAGCUUGUGAGCGCACUGUGGAUGCCCUUACACUGGAGUAUAGCGCGGCACGAGGAGCCGGACGCUGCACUGCCUGUUCUAAAAUCAGAAAUCCUUUGGAAUUCCGGCGCAAAGCUGAAAGUUGGACAGGUCGGGCAACAUGGCGUCCCUGAUGAGUUCUGCAUGUCUCCUCUUCGUGCCUGUUGCUCUGCUUCUGAUGCUGAGCCCAUGCCCUCUUGCUGCAGCUUCAGCCAGAAGGUGUCACUCCAUCUAUAAGGGUUUUGCUCAGUGUCUGAUGGCUCUGGGUGACAGUCUGACGGACAGUGCCCGGAAGGAUGAGAACAUACAUGAGAUACACUCAAUCUGCAGGUCGUGGGAUGAGUUCCAUGACUGUGCAAACAUGGCGAUGGCUGGCUGUCCGGAGGAAGCAGCGGCUGUAUGGGAGUCCCUCCGCCAGGAAUCCAAAAAGAUGCAGUUCUCUGGAAACCUCUAUGACAUGUGCUCCAGUCACAACAACCACCCAGCAGCCUCAGUCUCCCCUCAUGGUUCACUCAACCAGGAAGAGAUCAACCAGGAGUCUCUAAGAGGGCAUGCCAAUCAUCUGGCGGGCUGCCUCCACACCCUCGUGCUACUGUCUCCUCUGCUGCUGCUGCUGUUUUUCUGGAUAUAACUCCUCUGAAGCAACUUAAUUUUGUGAAUAGAUGUAUAUUUUAAACUCCACAGACUUUCCACUGUUUAUUUUCCUCUGCUCUACCAGGGGCUGAAUACUUCUAACUGCAUGUUCAGAGGUCCAACAGUCUUUUUUGCUAAUCUAUCUUUAAACUACCUGUACAGUUUCACGCGUAUUCUCUACCUUUGGAAACACACACAAAAUUCAUACAGAUCAACAGCAGCCUCACAUGCUGUCUUUAUGUCCUAUCUCCUUACCUAUAGUUAUUAUAAGCUUCAAUGUGUAAUAACAUCCAGCAAUGGCAGUUAGCACUGUUGUCUCACAGUAAGAAGGUUCAAUGUUGGAGUCUCAGCCAAGCCAGUGCUGUUCUGUGCAGAGUUUAUAUGUUCUUCCUGUGUGGGUUCUCUUUGGGUACUCUGGUUUCCUCCAAAGAUAUGCAGCUUAGGUUGAUUGGCGACUCAAAAUUACCUGUAGAUGUGUGUGGUUGUCUGUCUCAGUUGGUUUUUCCAUUAUAGUAACCUACUGAAAUGUGUCGUCCUGAGUAAAUCUUGUCACAGGUUCUGCGUUUGUUCCCACUACUCAGCCCACUUUGGAGGUGCUACAUUUUGGCACCACUGAGGACGUAGUACUAAAAUCAGGUACCAGAUAUGUGAGGACGAAGGGGGUGCAUGCAUGCAGAGCAGCCGCUGGUGAUUGGUUAAAUGUCCAAGCAUUAGCAUUACAAACACCAUGUGUAAACUCACAACUGACUGCAUGCGUGAGAGGGGAGCAGCCCCUCCCUCCUCUUACCAACCAACAGAGAAAAUACAGCAGAAAAACAAAGCAGGACAGUCCACAUCAGCCCUGGAGGCUAUACUUGGUGAUGGUUAAGGGAAGUAUAUAAUUACAUAACAUAGUAUAUAUAGAAGUAUAGCAUUUGUUAGGUUUGUUGUUGCUGCUGCAGCCACAUAAGUUUUGAGUAGAAGUUAAAGUGAAGUCAACAUGUGCUGGAAUUGUUUUUUAUUUGGUGCUUGCCCUCAUAUGAAACCCUCUGGAGUUCCUUCUUGGCAUCCUGCACUGUAGCUCUGUAGUAUGGGACCAAUAUGUUCUUCGAACAGAAUCACAAUCCUGAUGCAUGCCAAGUGCAUUUCAUGCUCCAGGAGUCAUAGUUUGGCUUUACUGAAGUUGCUUGUUAUUCUAAGUGGCUGCAGGUAACAGUUGUUCUUGUCUGGCCCUGGAUCAGAAAUACUAUCAGAUUAGAGACAGACAGACUGAGAGAGAGAGGUGAGUACACCUGGAAAACAAAUCCGUUCUGCCUAUUUGAAGACUGAAUCCACCUGACAGCAACGAGGUUGCUUUACACAGAGGGCUUAAGGUUAUAGGUUUGCUCCUCUUUUUUCACAGAAAUAAAUCAAGGCUCCGCCGACUUUAAAGACUUAGUGAAGAGAGAAAUGUGAAGAAGCACAAAACCAAAUUCUCAAAGGCUUCAACAGGCUUCAAUAGGCUGCUAACUUUUAGAGGGGUGUAAAUAAAUAAAUAAAAAUUGAUUAGAGAGAACUGUGUGUCACUUAAACAACUGAUUGAGCCUAUCUACCUCUACAAUGGCAACGUUUAUUAAAAACACCCACAGGGCUGAAUUAAAUGGAGAGGUGUAGUAAGCAGAUAUAAUGACAGUUAUACAGUAUAAUAGUGGCAUUUUUUUAUUGUUUUACUUAGUUUGCCAAUGUCAAACGUAACCAUUUUAAGCUUUUGUUAUUCUUUUCAAAUGCUGAUAAACCUAUGAAGCCAGUAGCUAUUAUUUUCUGUGGGUAAAUCCAAGUGCAAGGCCAAAGGAACUGAGCUAAAAUAAAGAGCCCACAGCCAGAGAUAUACUUGGAUGGUUUAAAGAUGCUGCUGAAAUGUUGAACUUUUAAUUAGACUGACAGAAAUAGCAAUUCAAGGCCUCAGUGGUAGAUUCACCAAGGUGUAGCAAUUUGAAAACUACUGUAUCUCCAAAGAACUUAAAUACGAUGUUGUCACUGGAGGUUAAAAAAGAGUAAACCAUAAACUUGAGGCUACAUUAGAAAAUAGGACCAGAUGUUUACAUUAAUCCAGGCUUAUAGUGAGUUUACCCGCUAUUCAUCAUAAGCUCACUUAUGAUAGAAUUUUUUUUUAUAGGAAUAUAACUUGUUCAUAUUAGAUUUUGAAGUCUGUUUACUCAGAGGUGUUGCUUUCAUUGUGGCCUAAAACACACACAAAGAAAGUCAUGAAAUCAAAGGAAGGUGGACAAAUCAGAGUGGUUUUCAAUAACACUGCAGUAUAUAUACAAUGUUAUUGACCAGAGAAUUAGUUUCCAGCACCACAUGGGAGACUAUACUCUGGUAGCAGCUGGGUGCUCUGACAAAUAGGUAAAAUUGGACAAGAAAUGACUGCAGGAGAAUGAGAAACAUUCUUAAACACCAAUACAUCUUUGUCACAUUAAUGGUACAGUAUAUAUUUGUUAUACUGUGAAUAAACAGCAGUAGAAGUGUUAACACAGAGGUAUCUCUUUAGAUGGGUUUCCAUUUACAAAAGUCAUUUGUAGCACUGAGAUAAAAAAAAGACAACAACAUAGUUCCACAAUGUCAUAAUUUCUUAUAUAUGGAUAUUUUUAUUAUUUAAAAAUAAAGCAGCUUCCUUGAAAUCCAAGUAAUUACUGUUUAGAGGUGAAUUUGUAUACAGCACACAUUGCAUUGCAUGCAUUUUUUAAGCACAUUGCACUUCUGAUAGACAACUCUGGCAGCUAACAUGACACAUAUUCCACAGAGAAAUGUCAACUUUUAGCAGUGAAAAUGCAUAAUGAAGCUGUAAACAAAGCUAGCUUCAAAGGUAGAGGAAGAGCUAAACUAGCUGUUUCUCCCUGCACAAGUCUUUAUCAUAAACUAAGCUGAGCUAACAAAAUCCAGAGUCCAGCUCCUUAAGGACCAACUCACUGACAUGAGUGUGUUAUCCACAUACUGUAUGUUGUCAUCCAGCUCUCUAAGACAGCAUCUAUUUUCUAGAAAUGUAAAGCACAUAACACCUUAAAUACAGUGGUCAAAGCAACAGUGAGAAGUUGUAAUAUCAAGCAUGGGACAUACUCAACUUGAGGUUCACAGUCAGUUGAUACAGCUGUCAUUCAGUGGAACUAUGUGCUCAAAUUCAGGUCUGUUUUUUCAAUCAUAUUUGCUUCCAGUAAAUAUAUGUAAAAUCACAGUAAAAAAACAAAAAAUAUUCUGUGUGUAAU